GCUGAAGAAUAUCUUCAGAAAGCACUUACCAUCACGACAGAAAUUGGCGACAAACGCGGACAAGCGUCAUGCUACAUGAACCUAGGAAACGUGUUUCAGUCUGUCGGAGAACAUGCCCAGGCUGAGGAAUAUUUUCAGAAAGCACUUACCAUCACGACAGAAAUUGGCGACAAAGACGGACAAGCGUCAUGCUACAUAAACCUAGGAAACGUGUUUCAUUCUGUCGGAGAAUAUGCCAAGGUUGAAGAAUAUCUUCAGAAAGCACUUACCAUCACGACAGAAAUUGGCGACAAACACGGAGAAGCGUCAUGCUACAUAAGGCUAGGAAACGUGUUUCAGUCUGUCGGAGAAUAUGCCAAUGCUGAAGAAUAUCUUCAGAAAGCACUUACCAUCACGACAAAAAUUGGCGACAAACACGGACAAGCGUCAUGCUACAUAAGCCUAGGAAACGUGUUUUAUUCUGUCGGAGAAUAUGCCAAUGCUGAAGAAUAUCUUCAGAAAGCACUUACCAUCACGACAAAAAUUGGCGACAAAGACGGACAAGCGUCAUGCUACAUAAACCUAGGAAACGUGUUUCAUUUUGUCGGAGAACAUGCCCAGGCUGAGGAAUAUCUUCAGAAAGCACUUACCAUCAGGACAGAAAUUGGCGACAAACACGGACAAGCGUCAUGCUACAUAAACCUAGGAAACGUGUUUCCGUCUGUCGGAGAAUAUGCCAAGGUUGAAGAAUAUCUUCAGAAAGCACUUACCAUCAUGACAGAAAUUGGCGACAAAAAGGGACAAGCGUCAUGCUACGGAACCCUAGGAAACGUGUUUCAUUCUGUCGGAGAAUAUGCCAAUGCUGAAGAAUAUCUUCAGAAAGGACUUACCAUCAUGACAGAAAUUGGCGACAAAUGGGGAGAAGCGUCAUGCUACGGAGCCCUAGGACAAGUGUUUCAGUCUGUUGGAGAAGAUACCAAGGCUGAAGAAUAUUUUAAAAAAUCUCUUCAAAUUAGCAAGAACACUGGAAACAUCGAAGUGCAGUUUUUAAGUCACCUAAACCUACAUUAUUGUUUUUUAGCAUUAACAGGAAACGCAUAUGAAGCUUUAUCGAAUCUCCAUGCCAGCAUUGAGAAGUGCGAGAGAAUUCUUAACUUUCUACCAAACAAAGAUCGAUACAAGAUAUUAUUUUUUGAUGAGCACGCGUCUCCCUAUCGACUGUUUAGUUCACUGUGUUGUGCUUCUGGGAAACACUAUGAGGCUUUACACGUUGUUGAGCUUGGAAGAGCCAAAGCUCUAGUAGACCUAGUAUCAGAUCGGUAUUUUGUGGAGAAAGAAGUAUCCCUCAACCCAGAAUCGUUUGCUGGCAUCUUGAAGGUCAUCAGAGACAGUGGUAACAGAACGUGCCUAUACAUUUCCUACCAUGGUGAAGACAUAUUUCUUUGGAUUGUGAAAAAGUCGAUAGCUUUCCAAAAAACGAAACUUUGUAAAAGCUAUGUUAGCAAGCACGGAGGAAUCUCUGUGGAUGACCUUUUUAAAAGGGAAAGCUUAUUACGAAAUUUUCACCUUUUACCUCAAGAGCAAUGCGAAGACCGAUCACUCUUCUCCUCGUACGCCAACCAACUUACAAACGAAGCAAAUCUGGAAGAUAGUCUCUCAUCCUUGCGUCCUCUUUUAGAUGAGGAAGAAGUAAUCACAGACCCUGAACCGCCAACACUGUUUCAGGUUUACAACAUGUUGAUUGCUCCCGUAAGUGACUUGCUAGAAGGAUCUGAAGAAAUCAUUGUUGUUCCCGAUCGCUGCUUCUUCCAAGUUCCGUUUGCAGCAUUACAUGAUAAAUGUAACCGCUAUUUAUCAGACACUUUCAAGAUACGCAUUGUCCCUUCUUUGACGACUCUCAAGCUCAUUCUGGACAGUCCAGCGGGCUCUCACAGCGAAACUGGUGCAUUGAUUGUGGGUGAGCCAAGUGUGACGGAUGUGUAUUUCAAGGGAGAGUUAAGGAAACUCUGUAAAUUGCCUGGCGCGAAAGCGGAAGCAGAGACGAUAGCAAGACUACUACCUGAAUCUCACCUUUUAAUAGGAGAGCAAGCAACAAAGCAGGCGGUUCUUCAGGGGAUACCCUCAGUAAGUCUCGUACAUUUCGCUGCUCAUGGUGACGCCGAAAGAGGAGAAAUUGCUCUUACCCCUUCUGACUCUACUAAGGGGAUUCCACAUGAACAAGACUACUUACUCUCAAUGGCCGACAUUUCACAAGUUAGACUAACCGCCAAACUGGUGGUCCUUAGCUGCUGCCAUACCGCACGUGGACAGAUCAAAACAGAAGGCGUUGUUGGAAUCGCUCGAGCAUUCUUAGGAUCGGGUGCACGCUCAGUGUUGGUGGCACUGUGGGCCUUACAAGACGAUGCAACAGAGCAGUUCAUGAGAAGAUUCUACGAAAACCUUGUCCAAGGAGAAAGUGCAAGUGAAUGUCUUCACCGGGCCAUGAAGUGGAUGCGAAAUAACGGUUUCUCUGAAGUGAGGCAGUGGGCACCUUUUAUGCUGAUUGGGGAUGACGUGUCAUUUCACUUUGGUAAAGAAAAGUGA